AGCGUUGUACGUUUCUAUUCAUUUAUCGCUGGUAUUUAUGUCCUCCUCGAAUAGAUAUGGUUUUGGUCACGUGAGACGAUUACGAAGAUGGUGGAAGUUUAUUUCUUGAAGUGAAGCCGCAAAAGAACCCAAAACAGACAGGGAUAUUGGGGAAAGUUGCCUGUAACGUCACGUCUUGAACUUCUUCUGCCCUUGGAUUCGGGUAGCCAGCCCUAUGUCAUGGCCUCCAGCGUUGCUAAACCAGGCCCUGGGAAUGGCUACCCCAUGAAGGCACAACUGCAAAUUAUGGUGCUGUCAGCAAAACUGAAAGAAAACAGGAAGAAUUGGUUUGGCCCCAGUCCAUAUGUUGAAGUGGCCGUUGAUGGACAGUCCAAAAAGACAGAGAAAUGCAACAACACCCACAGUCCCAAAUGGAAGCAGCCGCUCACAGUAAUUGUCACUCCUUUUAGCAAGCUAAUCUUCCGAGUAUGGAGUCACCAGACCUUGAAGUCGGACAUAUUGUUAGGCAUGGCAACUCUGGAGGUCAGCGAAACACUCAAAGCCAACGACAUGAAAAUCUCUGAGGUGGUGCAGACGCUGCAGCUGAGUGCAGACAGAGACCAGACCGAUGUCGUGGGGGACCUGUCUGUCUGUCUGGAUGGCAUGCAAGUGGACCCAGAGAUGUUUGCCUCUGCUGCCUCUGCUAACACCCAAAGUACAUCGAAUGGGGAAUCGCAACAGAACGGGGAUGAUGUGAAGCGGAGUAGAGACAGCUCUCCUUCUGUGGAUGGUUUGGAGCACAGAGCUUCCCCAAAUGGUUGUGCGGUCGCAGUGAAUGGCACAGGGUCUUGCAAAGGGUCUCCUGCUCUGUCAGCAGGGGGCUCCAGGGGUAAUCCUCUACGCCCCCCCAGGCCCUCCCGACCCCCUCCACCCACCCCGCGCAGACCAACCUCCUCUCCAGCAGCAUCCUCUAAUGGAUCCAUUCCAACUGAAGAAAGCGACGGCCCCAGCUCAGAGACCCCAGUCAGUGCACCUGCAGUACCAGACCCCAACGCCCCACCCCCUACACACGACCAGAGCCAAGCAAUAGCAGCCAGCCAAGCAGACAGUGUAACCCCAGGCCCCCCCAGAGCCUCCGCUGUCGCCGCAGGCCCAUUGCCUCCUGGAUGGGAGCAGAGGGUGGAUCAGAACGGAAGGCUGUAUUUCGUAGAUCAUGUGGAAAAGAGGACGACAUGGGAGCGGCCUGAGCCUCUACCUUCUGGAUGGGAGCGGCGAGUGGACCCCAUGGGCAGGGUCUACUUUGUAGACCACAUCACCAGAACUACCACAUGGCAACGGCCCACUAUGGAGACGGUGCGGAACUAUGAACAGUGGCAGCACCAACGCAACCAGCUACAGGGUGCCAUGCAGCAGUUCAACCAGCGCUUCAUAUUUGGAGUGAAUGGGCUCCAGGACCAGGUUCCAGCCACUGAGAAUAAGCAGUUUGAUCCCCUGGGCCCGCUGCCACAUGGAUGGGAGAAAAGAACUGACAGCAACGGGAGAGUGUACUUUGUUCAACACACCACACGAACUACACAGUGGGAGGACCCUCGCACUCAGGGGCUGCUGAAUGAGAAGCCUCUUCCAGAGGGCUGGGAGAUGAGGUUUACAGUCGACGGCAUCCCAUACUUUGUGGACCACAACAGGAGAGCCACUACGUACAUCGACCCUCGCACUGGAAAAUCCUCACUUGAAAAUGGACCCCAGAUAACUUACGUUCGAGACUUUAAAGCCAAAGUCCAGUACUUCAGAUUCUGGUGCCAGCAAUUGUCAAUGCCUCAGCAUGUCAAGAUCACUGUCACCCGCAAAACCCUGUUCGAGGACUCGUUCCAACAAAUAAUGAGCUUCAAUGCACAGGACCUCCGCAGGAGACUAUGGAUCAUAUUCCCUGGGGAAGAAGGUCUUGAUUAUGGAGGGGUGGCAAGAGAGUGGUUCUUCCUGCUGUCUCACGAGGUGCUGAACCCCAUGUAUUGCCUGUUUGAGUAUGCUGGGAAGGACAACUACUGCCUACAGAUCAACCCUGCCUCCUACAUCAACCCUGAUCACCUCAAGUACUUCAAAUUCAUCGGACGCUUCAUCGCCAUGGCUCUUUUCCACGGGAAGUUCAUUGACACAGGCUUUUCGCUACCGUUCUACAAGCGAAUGCUGAACAAGCCAUGGGCACUGAAAGAUCUAGAGUCCAUUGACCCAGAAUUUUACAAUUCUCUCAUCUGGAUUAAAGAGAACGACAUUGAGGAGUGUGGCCUGGAGAUGUACUUCUCUGUGGACAAAGAGAUUCUGGGUGAAAUCACCACUCAUGAGCUCAAGCCGGACGGAGGAGAGGUCCUGGUCACUGAGGAGAACAAGGAGGAGUAUAUCAGGUCUGUCUCAGCAUAUGCCCCCUCCUCCCCUCCUGGUGUGUGGUGCUUUGAUGGUCUAUGUUUCUCUCCCAGGCUUGUAGCAGAGUGGAGGUUGUCCAGAGGUGUGGAGGAGCAGACCCAGGCCUUCUUUGAGGGCUUCAACGAGGUUCUCCCACAGCAAUACCUGCAGUACUUUGAUGCCAAAGAACUUGAGGUCAUGCUGUGUGGGAUGCAGGAGAUCGACCUGGCAGACUGGCAGAGGAACACCAUCUACAGACACUAUGCACGCAGCAGCAAGCAGGUCCUCUGGUUCUGGCAGCUCAUCAAAGAGAUGGACAAUGAGAAGCGGAUGAGGCUCCUCCAGUUCGUUACAGGAACCUGUCGCCUUCCUGUCGGAGGCUUUGCUGACCUAUUGGGGAGCAAUGGCCCGCAGAAGUUCUGCAUCGAGAAGGUGGGAAAGGAGAACUGGCUACCCAGAAGUCACACAUGCUUCAAUCGAUUGGAUCUUCCUCCUUACAAAAGCUACGAGCAGCUGAAGGAGAAAUUGAUGUUUGCGAUUGAAGAGACUGAGGGCUUUGGGCAGGAGUGAUCCAGCAACGGAUCAAUAGACAGAGGAGUGCGGUCUUCGUUUGUCAGGGAGCCUCUUGAAGACCAGCGUGUUUUUGUGUGUGCUUGCCAGUGUUUCCCCUAUAUGCAUUUAGCAGUGGCAUACCGACGCUACCUCCUGCAUUUAAAAAAAAAAUAAUGUUUUAUGUGGCUGUAUAGAUGUAUGCCCCAGGAAGACCCCAAUCGCCGCCACCCCUCCCCCCUGCAAACUCUGCCACCUCUGCUGAAACAAAUCCUAGGGGAAACACUGCGUGCUGUUGAAGGGAGAAAACUUGCUCUAAAAUACUGGAAGAAUAUUUGAGAGUAUUGAUCCACAACAGUAAGCUGCUCCCUUCUCUCAGAAUGUCCCCCACAUCAUGCAUGAACGCUGGAAACCCACCCUCAAUAACAUGUAUGGGACAGGGAUAUCAGAAGCAUCGGUCCCAUCAUCCUUUGAUUGACCCACCACUAUUUCUGACAAUCCCAAUGCUGACUUUGAGGAAAAUGAAGACCUCUCUUCAGGCAAUGGCCAGAUCCAGAAGUUGCAAUGCACAUGCUUCAAAAUAGAACAGUCCUUCUGUUCAAAGCUCCUUAGCAUUUAUCUGUGAAUCAAUAAAAUAUUGCAAGGGACAAUAUUGGCCCCUAUAUUUAUGGUACAAGAGUACAUGGAUCUACUAUGGCCCUAGUUUUAUAGGGCAUUGUGACAUGAUCAAAUGAUUAUUUUUUUCAAGUGUUCUGGGGCAUAAGAAGUGUGAAAUGUUUGUCUAGAAUAUUGCCUUGAUGUCUUCGGUGAUAUGAGAUUUAACCACAUUGGAGACUAGAUAUACAUGUAGCUUUUAAUAGUCUGGGAGAUUUUUAGCAUAUGAAUUUAAUGAUUUUUAUAUUAAUGGGAGAUGUUUUUCUGGCUGUGGCAAAGGCAUGGGAAUACAUUUUUUUCCCUGGAAGAUUAUGAAUGGAAAUCCCAGGGAAGUAAAUGUGUAAAUUAUCAUUUGUUGCAUUGCGAAUAAAAAGCCAUCUCCUUUUA